AUGAGCAACCGCGUCCUGGACCACCUGAAACGCACGGGCGAGACGCACAAGUACAUGAUGAACGGGAAGAAGCUCGGCGGCUGGUUCAUCCCGGGCAUCGAGCGCCUGCCCGGCCUGCUCGAGUUCGAGCACGAGAUCGCGCGCGACGAGCGCCUCGCGAAGCUGUUGACCGCGAUCCUCGGCGACGACUUCUACCUGCUGGAGCGGAGCGAGAUCUACGUGAGCCGCGUCGGCAACUGGCACGCCGACGACCUCUACGGCGCCUUCGAUUUGUACGCCACCGGCCUGAGCUUCGUCGACGACACGUGGUGCCCCGCGUCCGGCGCCGCGCGGCUCCCGCCGAUGGCCAAGCCGAACGUCCGGGACCGGGCGCCGCCGACGACGGACGCGGCCAUCUGCGCCGCGGGCCGCGAGUUCGGCUUCGGCAAGGGCACGACCUUCUGGGCCGACGACCGCGGCGAGACCCGGCGCGUCACGACGGUAGCCCUCUACCUCGAGGACCACGCGUUCGACGACGGCGGCCUGAGCAUCGCGCCCUACACGCACGACAACGCGACGCGCCACGCCGAGGUGCUCGCGCGGCUCGACCCCUACCACGCGGACCACCGGCCCGAGUCCGAGACGCCCUACGACCAGAUCCGGAGCCGGCCCGGCGACGCCGUCGUCUUCGACUCGCGGCUCAUCCACCGGGGCGCGCGGGAGGCCUACGCGGACCACGCGCGGGACCUGGCGCGGGACCGGCGCACGGUCGUCUCCUUCUCCUUCGGGCGGAAGAACGGCGUCUCCGAGGCGUUCAGCCGGGGCAUGCGGUUCCGCACGGACAUGCUCGUCAACGAAACGAUCUGCGCGGCGGACGGCCGGGAGCGGGAGCACGGCGACCCGGACUUCGGGUCCGCCUGCGCGUUCCGGGCCGUGCGGCGGGACCUGCGCGACCGCCCCAUGCGCGGCUACCCGGACGGCGAGCCGUGGCUCGCGACGCGGAGGACGCUCGCGCGGCGGCGCGCGCACCACCACCCCGCGGGAGACUACUAG